AUGCACUCACCUCCUAGAGAACAGGCUGCCAUCAUGCUCUGGAAACUGGUUGAAAAUGUCAAGUACGAAGACAUCUAUGAGGACCGGCAUGAUGGAGUCCCCAGCCACAGUUCUAGGCUGUCUCAGCUGGGUUCCGUGUCCCAGGGACCCUACUCAAGCGCCCCUCCGUUGUCUCAUACUCCGUCCUCGGAUUUCCAGCCGCCCUAUUUCCCACCCCCCUACCAGCCGCUUCCCUAUCACCAGAGCCAGGACCCUUACUCCCACGUUAAUGACCCUUACUCCCUGAAUCCCUUGCACCAACCCCAGCAGCAUCCUUGGGGGCAAAGGCAGAGGCAAGAAGUGGGGUCAGAAGCCGGCUCUCUCCUGCCACAGCCUCGGGCCGCUUUGCCUCAGCUCUCGGGACUGGACCCUAGGAGAGACUACCACUCAGUCAGGCGGCCUGAUGUGCUGCUACACUCGGCUCACCACGGACUGGACUCCGGCAUGGGGGACAGUCUCUCCUUGCAUGGCAUCGGACACCCAGGAAUGGAAGACGUCCAGUCAGUUGAAGAUGCCAAUAACAGCGGCAUGAAUCUAUUGGACCAGUCUGUCAUUAAAAAAGUUCCGGUUCCUCCCAAAUCUGUGACUUCUCUGAUGAUGAAUAAAGAUGGCUUCCUGGGAGGGAUGUCGGUUAAUACAGGCGAGGUGUUUUGUUCUGUUCCUGGUCGUUUGUCCCUGCUCAGUUCAACUUCAAAGUACAAAGUCACUGUGGGGGAAGUUCAAAGACGACUCUCCCCUCCCGAAUGCCUGAACGCUUCUCUCCUUGGUGGAGUCCUGCGAAGGCCUUCAGUGGUGCAGCUCUGCAUGUUCUCGCACGUUUAUCUUGCAGGAGGAGGGGAGGAAAACGUUAAUGGAAAGUGUCAUUUUUGCUGUUGUUCUUGUUCCUCCUCAUGUAGGCAACUGUGCAAAGAAUUUACAGACCUGCUCGCCCAGGACAGGACACCUAUUGGAAACAGUAGGCCCAGCCCCAUUUUGGAACCCGGGAUUCAGAGCUGCUUGACCCACUUCAGCCUCAUCACCCACGGCUUUGGGGCUCCAGCUAUCUGUGCUGCCCUCACAGCCCUGCAGAACUACCUGACAGAGGCUCUCAAAGGCAUGGACAAGAUGUUUUUGAACAACAGCACCACUAACAGGCACACAUCUGGGGAAGGACCAGGUAGUAAAACUGGAGACAAGGAGGAAAAACACAGAAAAUGAAUUUUUUUUAAAGGAAAAGGGAAAAUCUUUUAAAUAAAAAAAAAAAAGAAAAAAGAAACAUUUCAAUUUUAGCUUUAAAAUAUUGGAUUGGCUUUGGAAGAAUUAUAUUAGGUAGAGCACACACAAACAAAAGUUAACAAAAAGAAAAAGAAAGAAAAAUAACUUUUUAAAAAUCAAAGGCGCACAACGGAGCAACAAUACUGGUUCUCGGUGUCUAUUCAAGAUACACUUGGAGACAACCUCCCGGAUUUUCCACUUCGGUUCUUUCGAUCUUAGUAAAGCUGAUAAUAAAAGAAAACCCUGAUUUUUUUUUCUUUGGAAAAAUAAACAUAAGACAAAAAAUGAGAAAACAGUAACUUAUUGGAAGAAAAUCGGAUAAACAUUGGUGGUGUCAGUGCUUUGAAAUCUGGUUGGCUGAGACGCACGAACUGUUUUUUUUUUUCCUUUCUCCUCCCUUCGAACUUUCCCCUUCCCUCAUUCCCAAACCACUCUCUCUUCUUUUCCCUCCCUUCUUCUCUAGCUCCAUUUCGAAAAUCUCCCGGGAUGAAAUGAUUGUAUCUGGGCCUUAGGCAUUGUGUUUAAAACUUUUCAUUUCACUUGACGUUUCGUUUUUAAAUCACUGGUACCAUUUUUCCUCCCCUAGCUUUGAUGGUUAGAGUUGGCGAAGAAUAGGGGAGAUGUAAAUUGUCUGGGUUGGGAGGGGGAAGGCUAUCAGCGCUAGCGGAGGUUGCUGCGAUCUUUGGCAGAGACUAGGGAGAGAGCCUGGGAAUCUGGAAAAUAAGGACGAAUCUGAUGUAUUAGUCAUCUGUUUCAGCUUCCUCAUUUCCUUAAAGAAGUGUUUCUAUUCCUCAGCAAUGCCAGCGUCUGCACAAGAAUCUUUCAUUUGUUCUAGUAUCUGUGUGAGGUACCGUUUUUCAGAAUUGUAGUAAAAGAAAAACAAAAACAAAAACAAAAAUACGAAUAAGUUAAUUAGUAUGUAUUCCUUCGGAGGGGUAUGUACCAUUUCAUUCUCUUCUGUUUUCCAAAGCUGUGCCCGCAUGGUUUAUGAGCUUCUUCAAAGAGGACUUGGGCUUUCUACACAAUCUAUAAGGUACAGAGACA